AUGGUGCGCCUUGCCCUGGUUGGGCUGAUGGCAUUCAGUUCAAUUGCCUCAGCGCUGCCUGCUCAGGUCUCUCGCAGCACGGUUCAGCCUCCCGCCACAGAUCCGUUCUAUCAGCCGCCUGCUGGCUACGCUUCCAAGGCGCCUGGGACAAUCCUGAACCAACGCGAUAUCACUGCGGCGUUCUUUGGCAUCGUUCCGGUUGAUGUAGAAGCCUAUCAGCUGCUUUACCGCACGACUUCAGUUAAUGGCUCGGCCCUUGCAACAGUUACCACGGUGUUCAAGCCAAAGAACGCUAAGCUCGAUCGUCUCGUUUCCUUCGCCACGGCCUACGAUAGCUCUGCAUCGAAAUGCCAGCCUAGCUAUGCCUACCAGCUCGGUGCGCCACAGGACAGUUUGAUCGCUUCGGUCGAGCUAUUGAUCAUUCAGAUCUACCUUGCUCUUGGUUACGUCGUCGCUUCUCCCGACUACGAGGGACCCGAUGCUGCCUUUGGACCGGGUCGUCUCGCAGGUAUGGGUGUAUUGGAUGGUAUCCGGGCCGUGACGAGCUUCAAGACCUUGGAUCUCACUGAUAACCCCAUGAUUGCCGGCGUCGGAUAUUCAGGCGGUGCCAUUGCUACCGGCUGGGCCGCCUCUUUGCAGCCCAAAUAUGCGUCAGAGUUGAACAUCAAGGCCUGGGUGCAGGGUGGAACUCCCGCCAACGUUACUGGCACAAUGUAUCAGAUUGACGACACAGCCUUUAGUGGCUUGCUUCCCCCAGCUUUCGUGGGUCUCUCAAGACCAAGCGCCUACGGUGCUGACCUGGCCCCUUUCUUUGACAAGGUCAUGACGGCAGAAGGUCAAAAGAUACUGGACAAAGCCGCGUCCCAAUGCUUCAUUGAGGAUCUCGCGACGUUCUUUGAACGAUCAAUCUUUGACACUAGCUUCCAAACUUUAGGCAAGGAUUUCAUCUUCGACCCGAUCGUUCAGUCGGUAUUGAAGCAGAACAGCAUGGCUGUGAACAAGGACGAGACCCCGACAGCACCAACACUUGUGUACCACGCUACAGAUGAUGAAGUCAUUCCUUAUGCCGAUGCCAACACUAUGGUUAAUUCCUGGUGUAACUGGGAUGCAAAUGUGAAGUUUACUACGUAUGCCAGUGGUGGUCACGCGACCACUGAAAUCAUUGCCAUUCCCGAGGCCAUCCAGUUUAUCAAGAAUGCCUUUGCUGGCACGACCGAGAGUGGCUGCACCACGAGUACUGAGCUUGGUGGUGUUCUCAACCCGCUUGCUCUUGGUGCGGGACUUGAACCUAUUAUUAUAAAGCUCAUUGAUGCGUUGACCCAUUUGGGUGAUCAGGACUCGAAGUUCAAGAGCGAUCCCGUUACGGUGCUCAAGACAAUCCUUUAA